AUGGACGAGGACUUUUUCUCUGAUGAUCCGACACUUGAUGCUCUACCGGAAGACGAGCUUAAAGCUCUCGAAGACGCCGCAGUAAAGGGCACCCAACAUCCUGUACAGACCCAAUAUUCCCUGCGCCCAAUUCAACAGAAUGAUCAGUACCAGCAAUUCCAAUACCAGCAGGCUCAACCCGACUCACGCGCUAUCGGUAGACAACCCCCAUACUACAAUUAUACAAAACCGUCGCCGCCUCAGUUACCAGUAGGGCCGCCGCAGCAGCAGCAGCAAUCUAAGAUUCAACAAUGGAGCUCGAAUUAUAAUCAAUACAGACCAUAUAACCAUCAACGAAAUAACCAGCUACCAACACCACAGAAUUAUAUCCGUAAAAUUACUCCUAGAGUACCAGAAAACCCGCCGUCUUCGGAUGAUGAUUAUGGCGGGUUUGACGAAACUUCAGAGUUGUGGGAUGCAGUGGCGCCAAAAGCACAGACUCAAACGCUAACGCAGGAUUUAAACGAUCAACAAUACUAUGCGGAGGAGAACGGGGAGGUAGAUGAAAGGAGGCGUUUUGACAAUUCUGCCGGGUCCUAUCACCUCGCCGGCAACAACCUAGCACACGAUGACCGAGUGAGCCUUGUGGGUGGUGAUGUGAUGGUCGGAGUAGAGCUAGAAACCGAGAAAGCUUAUCGGGAAAAUGAAAAAGGAGAAUCUACCAAGCUCAUGGAGCUCAUGGCUAGAGUUUUAGAGUUGCAAAAAGAAAAAGAAAGUCUUCAGAAAGAAAUAGCUUCCGUUCGUGAUGUUGUUUCUUCAAAAAAUGGCGAGAUAUCUGUUGUUCGCACAAACAAAGCAAAAUCUGAGGCAACACUCAAAGAAGCCAUUGCUCAGGCAGAACAAAAACGAAAUGAAGAGCGAGAAAAGUAUAAGCUUCAUAUUGAGGCUAUUGAGGCCGAAUCAGAGCGUACGAGAACGGAGAUAAUGUUCUUAAGGAAAGAGAUUGAAGAAAUAGCGAGACAAGGCCCUAGGAAUAUAGGAAGAAAAACAGCAAGACAUCAAGUUCUAACUGUCGGGGAGAGUGGUGAUUUUCAUUCGUCUUUGGGUAACCAAAGUAAUGAAACUCACAAGAGCCCGGCAACAACGCCGAGGAGAAAUAAGGGAUAUGCGUUUAGAGAUGGGUUCGAGGAUUCAGAGAUGCUGAGCCCAUCGAAGGCUAAAGGCCGAUCACCAAUGAGACCUGGAAUUAAAAGAAAACGGCCGCUCAUAGAUAGUCCAAAAAUGUCCGGAACAUCAUCAAAGGAUCCAAGGAUGAUGCCAGUUGACCAUGCCCAGAUGCAGUUUGUGGAGGAGAUGUUAUUAGGAAGGCUAUUGAUAGAAGAUGAUCGUUUCGACUUCUUUAAAGCAGUGAUGGCACAUAGACCUGCUCCCGGCAUGGAGCGGUCUUUAGACGAUCUAAGAAAAUUUUCGUUCCCAUCAUCCCCCGAAACUUCUAUAUCUUCCCUUCUUCAGGAUCAAAUUACACUACUACAGGCAACAGUAGAUAAAUCAGAACUUUCAGCUGGAGUGUGUAAAGCCUUGCUUUAUAUAUGGCGCAGAUGCUUAGACGAAAGUUUGUACGGGCCUUUGAAAUCUAUCCUGGAUUUGUUUGAAUUCGGUGUUUUGUGGGAUCAGGGAAGCAAAUGCUACAGGUUCUUUGAUGAAGCGGCAUACCUACUUCAACAGACAGUUGACGUCAAUGCUAUGCCGAUGUUAAGGAGGAACACGGAACUCUUGGACGAAGGUAUAGAUAUCGAUCUUUGUCUGAGAUUACUGGAGGGCAUCGCUCUGGGGCUUGUCGGGGACGAAAAACGGAUUAAGAUGUUCUGGAAAUUUAUCCGUUCUGACUUCCCAUUGAUGAUACUUAACCCGCACCAGCGGCUACCACACAUCCAGCGUAUGGCAUCGCUUCUUUCUAUCAGCUGUCUCGGCGAUUCAUUCGGUUCUGUGGUCAGCAACGAGACGGAUCAACGAACCAACGAGGGGCAUCUAAUAGAUGCUGUGACGAAACUUCUCGUCAGUACCCCCAGGGCAAUUCCAAAUAAGCCAGGAUAUACGAAAUUAGAGAUCAUAGGGCUCCGAAAGCAGAUACUUCAGCUCCUUGGGUGUAUUUCAGGGAUGGAACUAGGACUUUCAGCGCUUGCCAAGCAUCCAACCGCACUGACGAGGCUUAUAAAAAGAAUGGCAGACGAGCUCGAAGAGAUUUAUGAGUGUAAAUUCGGGAGAGAACAAAGUGUUCAAUUAGUUAAUCUGGCCAUGCGGUUACUCCACAGUAUCAUGAAGAUACACGGCCAACCUUGUAUGUCGAAAAUUGCGAUACCAAGUAUCAGCCACAAAUAUCUUGUCGCGAUGACAAGACUAGCAUUUAGUGAAGGACUUUCACAGGAGCUUGGUAUUGAUGAGAGCACGAGGAGAUUUGCCCAAGAAAUUCUAGAGACAACAACUACCCCAGAAGAGGCUGAAAGCCUGGAGAUGCUUUUUAGCCCUUCGUCGUCAUGA